AAAAUCAGCAGACCCCCGUUCACUGAUGGCCUUCUGAAGAUAACCAUAUCGACAGAGUUUGUGCCAUGACUGAAACGGCCAGAGAACGGGUAGCCAUCAUCGGUACCGGGUUGGCUGGACUGACCACGGCGCAUCUCUUACAAAACGACCCCAAGAAACGGUAUGCCGUCACGCUCUUGGAACAGGCUGAUUCGCUCUCGUUCGACUCUGCUUCUGUUGCCGUCAAGAGCCAUGAGACGGGCGCGGUCGAACGCGUCGAUCUCCCAAUGCGUGCAUCCGCGGGCGGAUACUACGCCAACCUGAACCGAAUGUAUCACCAUCUGGAAGUUCCCAUGCAUCCAGUGCGCUUUCUGUUUGUCUUUGCAAAGGCUUUGAAGCAAAGGGGGACCGAGGCAGGCAAUUGUCAGGACUCGAGUCAAAGUCCUUCAGCAGCUGCGUCAGCAGUCCCUGAUGGGUACUUUGUCCAUGCCUCCAACCUUCACCAACUCCCGCCACCACGACCAUCGGCAUACAGCACGUGGCGGUACCUCCUGGAGAUUCUGUACCUCAUCAUCUGCCACGCCUGGUUCAGAGCCGCUUGCUUCCUUGUCCGGCCUCACGACGAGUCCUUUGCCCAGUAUCUCGAGAGGAUAUGGCUGCCUCGUCGGUACACCACACACUACAUCCUGCCCUUGAUGAGCAGUGUGUCGACCUGCACGCAUGACGAGCUUCUUGCCUUUCCAGCGAGCGACUUGGUCAACUACAACAAAUUCUCGUAUGGUCAGCAGCACUACACAGUGUGCGGCGGCGUGCAGCAGGUCCAGUCUCGCCUAUCUCGAGGCAUAGAGGAUAUCCGUGUGCGGUCGAGAGUGCUGGAGGUUCUGCCGCGUUCAAGCGGCAAGGUACUGAUACGAUGGCAGGACACAGUUGGCGCACAAGAAGAGGUGUUCGACAGAGCUGUCCUAGCGGUAUCACCAGAUGUCGCGAGCAGGCUCUUUGCGCCGCUGAAGACGACAGGACUGGACAAGAUUCCAACAACAUGGGUGGAGAGUUUGGUCUUGACCAAUGCAUCUCGUGCGCACUCGCUGGUGGACUCAGAUGACAGGACGAGCCAAGGGAAGGUGGCAUGCAUGCAUCACGCAGCGGUCGAGGUGGAAUCUGCAUCUACACAGGUCAUCGCCUUGCGAACGCAGUUUUCCGGGCUCGGCGGCGCUCGAUCAGAAGCGCUGCAUACCAUGCCGAGCGGUGUGGUGGUGAGCACCUGCCCAUUGGAUGGGGAGUCAGAGGCAACUCAGAAAAGAACGCUCAAGACAGCUGGGUUCAGGAGGACGUUGAGGACUGUGGAGAGUCGAGCAACAGUUAAGCGGAUAUUCCGGGAUGGUAGUGGUGGAACAACUGAUGGCUGGGUUAAUGGCGAGAAUAACGUAUGGCUGGCUGGGUCGUGGUGCUGGGAUGGAAUGGUACUGCUCGAAGGCUGUGUCGUAUCGGCUAUGCGUGUAGCUGACGAGUUUGGAGUUGAGAUUCCGUGGAGGAAAUGA